AUGACAGACGGAUGUUCGGAAGGCCACCCGACAGACUCGGGCCCACCGCUAUUCGACCCGGGCCGGUCACUGGGUCGCCGUACCCGCCGGCCCGGUGGCCGUGAGACGACCCACUCAUUAACUUCGAGUCUGGAUGCGGUCACUGGGAAGGUAUCACAACUGCUGAGCAUCUUCGACUCUACUGCCAGUGAUUGUCCUCGUGAAACCAGCGGCGGCCGCGACUCGGACUCCAGACGGACCGCAGGGCAGGCCCCGGGCAGUCCGCCGACAAUGACUCCAUGA